AUGGAGAACGAUUAUCGGCCUCUGCUGAGCUCAGAGCAGGCUGGAGAGAGCUUCUCGCACAGAGGCUCCACAGACUCACUGGAUUCCAGAGCUAAAAGACCUUUCUACGUGGAGCAUAGAAACAUCGUAGAUGAUGAACCGCAGGAGCGCGUGUCAGCCGAAGCUGCCAUUCUCAACAGCAGGGUGCAUUACUAUAGCAAAUUAACUGGAUCUUCUGACAGGCUGCUGAGUCCGCCAAACCAUGUUAUUCCACGAACAGAGGAGAUCUACAUAUACAGCCCGCUGGGAACAGCUUUUAAGAUGUCAGGAAAAGACCAUAUGGCUAAAAACCCCAGCAUUAUUACCAUAUUUGCAAUAUGGAACACAAUGAUGGGCACAUCCAUACUCAGUAUACCUUGGGGUAUAAAACAGGCUGGAUUCACUCUUGGGAUUCUCAUCCUUAUUUUCACAGGCUUACUGAUGCUCUACUGUUGUUACAUCGUCCUUAAAUCACCAAAAGCAAUACCCUAUGUGGAUACGUCUGACUGGGAAUUUCCUGAUGUUUGUCGUUACUAUUUUGGCAAGUUUGGUCAGUGGUCCAGCUUGGUCUUCUCUAUGGUGUCUCUGAUUGGAGCCAUGGUGGUGUAUUGGGUGCUCAUGUCCAAUUUCCUCUACAACACGGGGCAGUUUAUCUACAACUAUGCUCAUCAUGUUAACAUGUCAGAUUCAGACUUUGGAACCAAUGACACCGAUAAUAGAGUAAUCUGUCCUUUCCCAAACACUGACUCUGGAGGGAACCAAACUUUUGUCACACCUUACAUCAGUGCCAAUGGAAAUGAUACGUUUGAUGUCAACUCCUUUGAACACUGGUGGAGCAAAACAAAUACCGUACCAUUCUUUCUCAUCAUUCUCCUGCUGCCACUGCUUUGCUUCAAAUCAGCCUCCUUCUUUGCAAGGUUCACAUUCUUGGGCACCAUAUCAGUGAUCUACCUGAUUGUUCUAGUCACAAUUAAAGCCGCCCGCCUUGGCUUUCAUCUUGAGUUCCACUGGUUUGACAGUAACAAUUUUUAUGUUCCAGAAUUUCGACUGCUCUUCCCUCAGCUGACAGGUGUCCUCACGCUGGCUUUCUUCAUCCACAACUGUAUCAUUACACUAAUGAAGAACAACAAGCAUCAAGAGAACAAUGUACGAGACCUGUCUGUGGCUUAUCUCCUUGUUGGCUUGACAUACCUUUACGUGGGAGUGUUGAUCUUUGCUGCUUUUCCAGCUCCUCCUCUCAGUAAAGACUGCAUUGAACCAAACUUCUUAGACAAUUUCUCCAGUGGUGAUGUGAUGGUUUUUGUGGCUCGGACCUUCCUGCUGUUCCAAAUGAUCACAGUCUAUCCCUUGCUGGGAUACCUGGUGCGAGUCCAGAUGAUGGGGCAGUUGUUUGGCAAUCAUUAUCCCAGUUUCUUUCAUGUCCUCACCCUGAACGUCUUGAUUGUUGCAGCCGGCGUCCUUAUGGCAAAGUUUUACCCCAACAUCGGAUCCAUUAUUCGGUUUUCUGGAGCAACUUGUGGCUUGGCUUUAGUGUUCGUAUUCCCCUCCUUGAUCCACAUGAUCUCCUUGAGACGACAGGGUGCCCUCCGCUGGCCGUCAGCAGUGUUUCACAGUUUUCUUAUCUUGUUGGGUAUGGCCAACCUGAUGGCUCAGUUCUUCAUGUAA